ACCAGCCGCCGAAACCAUCCAUCAUCCUCAGUCGGGAAUCGGAUACCUUUGUGAAAGGGGAGACGCUGUACAUCCAGUGCAACUCCUUUGGCUUCUAUCAGACAGCGCUGUUCUACCUGUACAAGGCAGGCAGUGAGAAGCCCAUCGCAAAGAAGAUCCCCUCAGCCAGAGGUUAUGCCGUGACCUUCCACUUUCCCAACAUCGACGCGUCCAACGAGGGCAACUACAGCUGCAUGUACGACGUGGAAGUCUCGGGUCGGCUUCACAACUCAGCGAGAAGCGAUACAGCCAAGGUUGUGGUGAAUGAGCACCUCCUGAAGCCCCAGCUGAGACUGAACGCAGUGGGACAGAAGCUGAUGAAGGGCCAGACCAUGGAGCUGGCGUGUGAGGUGGCAUACGGGUUCAGCGGUGCCCGCUUCUUCCUCUACAAGGACGGCGGGCCGUCGCCCGUCGCCAGCCGCCUGGCGCUCUCCCGCUCGCCGCGGGCGCACUUCACCUUCAACGACAUCUCCAGCGCCAACAGCGGCAACUACUCCUGCUGCUACCAGGUUUGGAUUGUUGGCCAGCAGUUCAACUCCUCGCUCAGCGACCCGGUCAACAUCACCGUCAAUGACGACGUCGCCUUGCGCCUGGUGGAUGGAGCGAACGACUGCUCUGGGACGGUCCAGAUCAACUACAACGGCACCUGGGGCUCGGUGUGCAGGGAUUCCUGGGACAUUGCCGACGCCCAGGUGGUGUGCCGGCAGCUGGGCUGCGGCUUCGCCAGGGGCCAGGAGGGGGCGCCGCACCUGGCUUCCGCAGGGGUGCCCAAACCGGUCUGGCUCAGCACCGUGCGGUGCCGCGGGGGAGAGAGCCACCUCUGGGCGUGCCAAGCCCGCGCCUGGAGCACCACAGUGACCUGUAGCCGCGGGGAGGUCGCGGGAGUCACGUGUGCCGCUCAGCCACCGCCUCCCACUGCCCUGGUCGUGGGGGGGAAGCUGAUCUUUCAGGACGAGCCUCUCCGAGUGACGUGCACCGCCAGCCCGCUGUACUGGGGGGCCACCAUGAGACUCUUCCAGGACGGGGACCCCCCCUCAGAAGUGGCGUCCGGGAAGCUGGCCUCCUCCCUGAGCAACGUCCGCUUCGAGAUCCCGCACGCCAACAGCACGGGCUCGGGCGCCUACUGGUGCCGCUACGAGAUGGAAAUCGCCGAGUUGCUCUUCAUCUCCGAACGCAGCGCCCUGCUGGAGGUCACGGUGUUGGACGACGCCAAGCUGCGAUUGGCCGGAGGGGCGGACCCUUGCUCGGGGCGGGUGGAGCUGCAGUACAAUGGGACCUGGGGCACUGUCUGCGACUCCGGGUGGGACAGGCUGGACGCCGAGGUGGUGUGUCGGCAGCUGGGCUGCGGCUUCGCCCGCGCCGCGGUGCCCGGUGGCCACUUUGGGGAGGGCGAGGGCCACCCGCUCCUGGACAAUGUCCGCUGCAACGCCAGCGAGAGAGCCAUCUGGUCGUGCCCGGCGCACACCAUCUCUACGUCCAUCGGCGCCAAGAGUUGUCGCCAGAGGGAGGGCGCCGGCGUCAUCUGCACCGAUGAAUUACCGAGCCCGGAGAUCAGCGUGCUGAGGAGUGGGGGCACCUUUGCCCAGGGAGAGACCGUGCUCAUCCGCUGCUCCUCCCCCAGCUACCAGACCGGCGGGCGCUUCCUCCUGGCCCGGGCCGGUGCUGCCACUCUGCCCGUCUCGAUGACGGCCGUGGCUGGCUUCGCCAACGUCACCUUCUCCCUGGCCAACGUCAAUGUCAGUGAUGCCGGCAGAUACGCCUGCAUGUUCCAGUUGGAGCAGAACGGGAAGGGGUACAACUCCAGCUGGAGCGACGGCGCCCAGGUCACGGUGGUGGAGCACCCCAGCAAACCAGAGAUCGAAACCUUCCGGGAGUCUGGCCGCUAUUCGGUCGGGGAGUAUGUCGGGAUCCGCUGCACGGCGCCCGCCAUUUUCUCCGGAGUGAUCUUCCUGCUGCUCAAGGCGGACGGGACGGAGCCCCGCCUCUACCGGACGGCGCAGUCGGCAGGAUUCGCCAUCACCUUCACCAUCGCCAACAUCAGCCACGACGACAGCGGCCGCUACCGCUGCCUGUACCAGCUGAAACAGGCGGGGGCGCUCCGGAACUCCUCGGAGAGCGACAGCGUGCUGGUGACGGUGACGG